AUGGCUACUGAAGAUGAUAACUUCGAUAUUGACAUCUAUGGUGAUGGCGGUGGCUAUAACGCCAAUGAACAAGGUGAUUUUAAGCACGACGACUCGGAACUCAUCCUAGACGCCCCGGAUCAUAACCAAAACGGUCCAUCACAUGGUGAGGGUUCUGCGGAAACGAAGCCCAAUGCCAACGAAGGCCCCAGUGCGAAUGGCGAACAUGUAACAGGCCCAGAUUCUGCCCAGCAACACACCCAAGCAAAAGAGAUCCCAGCUCCCCAGCAGGGCGUGAAGCGCAAGGAACAUGACGAUCGUCCAUCAGACCCAGACGCCACAACUGCUUUGCUGCUCUCCGAAUUGUUCUGGUGGACCACUGACGAUGAUAUCCGUGGCUGGGUCCACGAAGCCAACUCUGAAGAUGAACUUAAGGAUGUAACAUUCAGCGAGCACAAGGUGAAUGGAAAGAGUAAAGGGCAAGCAUUUAUUGAAUUCACAACCCUUCAGGCAGCAACAGCGGCCAAGCAUAAGAUUGAAAAUAUCAGCGCAACAGGACAGGCAGGCCGAAAGCACGUGAUUCACUAUACCAAUCCUCACACCAACCCAUUCCGUACGCUUCCCAAAGAUGCGCCGAUGCGCAAGGAUAACCAGGCUAGAGCAGCAUCCGGUGGAUACAACUCGUCGAACCAGGGCAUGAACUUCGGAAUGAACAACAUGGGCGGAGGUUUCCGUGGUGGCCGAGGUGGUGGAUUCAACAACCGCGGCGGAAUGAACAACAACAUGGGCUUUGGGGGCAACCGCAACUUCCAGAACCCGUUGGGCGGUGGCUUCCAAGGUGGGCCGAUGGUUGGCGGCUUCCAGGGAGCCCCGAUGGGUGGCAUGCAAAACUAUGGCUUCAAUAACCGCGGCAACAUGAUGGGCGGCGGGAUGCGAGGCGGCCCUGGGGGCAUGCGUGGCCGUGGCGGCGGCGGCAUGGCUACACCGAACAUGAUGGGUAUGCCAGCUAUGAACCCCAUGGGAGGCAUGGGAAUGAACCCGAUGUCUGGUGGAAUGAACCCGAUGAUGGGAGGCAUGGGAGCCAACAUGGGGAUGCAAGGUCAAGGCGGUUUCCAAGCCCCGAAUCCUGCAUUCAAUCAAGGCUUCUUCACUCCAAACCAAGGGGUCGGCGAUGGAUCGUGGAAUCCCCAUGGUGCCAAGCGCAGUCGACAGGAGUAA